AUGGCGUUGCGGCAUGAAGGUGAGGCCGAGGGCGAGUGGCCAGACCACCAGCAAGCUGCGCGAGCUAAGGGGCGCGGCGACCAUCAGAGAACCUCGACAACGAUGGAAGGGACACAGAUGGCGAUGUCGCGGAUGUGGACACGAUUGCCACAUCCCACGCGAGGACAAAAGAAACUAGAGCGACUACAGCGCAGCGACUUCGACGCUAAGCAUCAGAGCUCGGUGAACGCGGACGCGCUUAGGCUGCAGACGCUGCACCGACUGCCGCAGAUCCUGACGGUGCGGCAGUCAGCGCGGUGCUUCCUCGCCAUCGACGACUACUCCCACCGCCUCCGCGCGCUCAACGAACUCUGGCACACCCGGCAAGGACAUGAGCCAGCGGCGAGCACCCAGGCGGCCGGGCCCAGCCAGACCUGCUGUCGGGAGCAGGCGUACUCCUCUCCUUGCAGAAUUGGACUCCUCUCGGGAGCUGGCGUCUUCCUCUUGCGGCUUCUUGCGGUCUCCUCUUUAAAUCAUGAGCAGGCGAUGAGCGUCUGCGGCGUGCAGCAGUGGGCGAGGGACGCGGAGGCGGCGUUGGACCACGAGCUGCAAGCGAUGCACAGCUCCGUGUCGGAGGCCAUCUCCUCCGACGCGGCGGCGCUGCUCUACCCCUACUCCGACGUGCCCGGCUUCAUGGCCACCAUGUCCCUCGCCAUCAGCAAGCUCGCCUCCCUCGAAGCCUUCGUCAGACAAGCGGACGCGCUUAGGCUGCAGACGCUGCACCGGCUGCCGCAGAUCCUGACGGCGCGGCAGUCAGCGCGGUGCUUCCUCGCCAUCGCCGACUACUCCCACCGCCUCCGCGCGCGCAGCGAACUCUGGCACACCCGGCAAGGACAUGAGCCAGCGGCGACCUGCAAAAUAUUUGUUUGUCACCAUGUAUCAAUUUGAAUGCUACAUCUUCUGAUUGUCUGACAUGCAUGUCAAUCAGCUAGGCAAUUUAGCAGUUUCAGUUAUUAUUCCUUCCGGUUCGAC